AUGGCGGGCAUGUCGAGGAAUACCGCCUCAAAUGGGCCCAAGUCGGCCAAGGCGGCCACCAAGGUCGUCAAAACACAGAGAAAGAAAAAGUCGACACCCUCAAGUCGACGACACCACUUCGAAGGUUUCGCCCAGAGGAUUUCNAAAAUGAAGAUCGAUCCCAUUCGUCGCACUCGUCGCGGAGUAGGAGCAGAGGGUGCCCAUGAACUGGAAGGAGAGUCUUCAUACUUCCGUACUGCCCUGGACGAAUGGAAGGACCUCAACCUGUCCGAGAACUUCUCGACCUUCGCCAAACACGUCUACAACAUCUCCGACAGUCUACCCAUGGUCAUUUUCCACGAGGAGGCCAUUAUGGACAACCUGAUUACCUAUAUCACCAAGGGAGAUGUCAUGUCGCUCGAGCCCCUACUCGCGCUCAUGUCACACUUUGCACACGACCUCGACGUCCGAUUCGAGAAGCACUUCCAGAGAGCCGUCGCAACCGUCGCACACGUCGCAGCCAGUAACGCAGAGCCUGAGGUUGUCGAGUGGGCAUUCACCUGUCUCGCCUGGCUCUUCAAGUACCUUUCUCGUCUGUUGGUCCCCGAUCUCAGACCAUUGUACGACCUUCUAUCACCGUAUCUUGGAAAGCAAAAGCAGAAGCCUUAUGUCAUUCGAUUCGCUGCAGAGGCAAUGAGUUUCUUGGUCAGAAAAGCGGGAACCACAUAUCACAAGAGCAAGGAACCGUUGGAAACAAUCGUCGAGCACAUGCUCAACGACUUUGCCUCGAACGAGACUGCUUCGGACGAUUUGUAUUCACAGGGUCUGAUGACUCUGUUCACAGAAUCUAUCAAGGGUGUACAAGGAACCCUCCAUUCCGGAGGAAAUACUGUCUUGCAAUGCUUGACUAGGUUCUGCUUCAAUGCUAACCACUCAGAAUUCCUCAAGGGCAGGUCCCUCCAGAUCUUGAGAGGUUCGCUGAUCAGUGUCGUACAUCAUACCACUCCCGAGACCUUUGAAUCCGUUCAGGAAGCAAUCUUCGAGUUCACCGAUCCGAACGACGACGAUGCAGUAGACAACCUGGAUGCAGCAAACACUCUUCUUUUCACUGCCGCAUCUGUCCGUAAAGGAAGCAGAAUCUCGGACUGGCCGACGUAUGUCAAGCGCGUGACGACUAUGAUCAAGAAAGCCGACAAAGCAACCAAGGACGUUGACUCAGAUACAUUGACUGCACUUCUCAACACGCUGGCCGUGGUACUUAAUUAUGGACCUUUCGAUGCAGUUCUUCAGGAGCUUGCCGUUCUCGACACCAUCAGCCGAGGCAAGUGGAUUGGCCACUUCCUACCUUUCUGUAAUAUCUUUGCAGAGCUCAACCAGGAACGUUUCCAAAGCUUUGUUUUGCCCAUCUUCCAGAAGUUCAUCGUGAAUCACUGGAAGGAGAACGAGAUGGCACUUUGCGCAAUGCUCCCAUCUCUGUCCCGUAAGAACACAUUUGCCAAGACACCUUUGCAAUGUCCUCUUGAGUGGCAAAAGGUCAUGCUACAGCGUCUGAAGAAAGCCCAAGGAAAAUCGCUACCAAAGGACGAUGAGACACUGCACAUGAGUAAUGGCCAUCUAGCAGUACUGAGAAUUUCUCAGGGAGACUCAGAAACACGCAAGCAGAUUGCGGCCAGCAUUCUCCAAUUGCUCAAAUCCGCAGCGAAAUCAUCGUCUACUGAGAUUGGAGGUUGGGAUCUUUUUGCUCUGGGUCAAGGCUUCCAAUACAUCUCGGAUGAAUUUAGCGAAAGCCUGCAGGACAAGGAACUUGCAGAAGCUCUAUGCUCUGCCUCGACUCGAUGCAAGAAGCUCGUGCCUUACUGGACUGCCUUGAACUCGGUUCUCCAAAAGGCUGAUAUUGCCUUCACCGGCGACCAGAUGGAUUCUCUAAUUGCCUACCUGAUUGACUGCUUGAAGACGCCUAGCCACGACCUUAGACUUUCUGGACUACGGAUAUUGCAAACGAUCUAUGAGAAGAGACAGCAAGAUGUUCCUGAAUUACUAACACAUGCGCUUUCGAUCGAAGACACUGCUCCAAGUGUGCAGACAGCUCGCUUCAUCUCGUCCCAGAUUCGCCGACUGGCUCUCGGAUACCCUGAUGUACUCUCUGACCCGAUUCUAGCGAAAGCUAUUCCUACCUACUGUUUUGGUCUCCUACACAUUCAUCUCGCACAAGCUUGGGAAGACUCUAUCGCAGCGCUCAAGGAAAUGACUGAACAUGGAAAUGCGGAAGAGAUCAUCACAAGCACCAUCACACAGUGGCUUCAGGGACAUGCCGACGCGGAAGGAAGUGCAUUGCAGCCGGAGACAACACAAGAUAGGAGCAUCAGCCACGUCAGCUCCGAUUUCGAGUGUUCAAACAUGAACCAGAUCGAGAGAGAUAUUGAAAUCUCAGAGUCUCUUUUCGCGGACCUCAACCAAGGAAUUGAGAAUCAGUUCAAGAGAGAUCACGUCCAAACAGCUGCAGCUUCACUUUCCGAACGAUCACAAGCACUCCGCGCAUUGAACUCCAUGCCACAGUUGGCAGAGAAGCGAUCGCGACUCUUGGUCCCUGUUUUACUCGAAUGGGCCGGUAAUGAGAGCGAAGCGCAAGAGCAAGAAGAGACUGGAAGCACCCGCCAUUGGGGCCGCAAGGACCAGAAAGCAAUGCUGGGCGUCUUCGCGCAGUUCCAAAAUCCCAAAGUGUUGUUUAAAGCAACUGAAGUCUACCAGGCUCUGCUGAACCUCCUUACCAAUGGUGACAAUGAGAUCCAAAAGUCGACUCUCAAAGCUAUUCUUGCUUGGAAGACUCCCAGUGUCAUCAAGUACCAGGAACAUCUGCUGAACUUCCUUGACGAUGCGAGAUUCAGAGAAGAGGUUUCUGUGUUCCUUCGCCUUGAGGAGGAGGGCGAUGCCAUUCGAAGUGCUGACUGUCCAGAGCUUAUGCCCGUCCUGUUGCGCAUUUUAUACGGCAAAGCAGUGAAAAGAGCUGGUUCGGCAAGUGGUAAACGUGGACAACAAACUCGUCGCAAAGCCAUCUUCGUUGCUCUUGCUCGCUUCCCUGCAGACAUCGUUGGACAGUUCUUGAGUAUUUCUCUAGGCUCAUUGGCCACUAUGGAGCCCAUCCAGAAUGGUGAGCUGAACCAGUCAGCCGUGGACAAGUUUGCUGUUGCUCCCAGAAAGCAGGUUGGUUUGUUGAACAUGCUGGAUGACAUGGUACACACUCUCGGCAACAGACUGGACCGCUAUGCAACAAAGAUUGCUGAUGCCGUACUCCUCUGUCUGCUCAAAGCUUCCAAGUCGCAUACUGUUAUCGACACUGACGAGGAAGUCCCGAUCGAGGAUGAGUCUCAGACUUCCCUUGAUCGCGCCAUUCGUCAAGCCGGCUUCCACUGUUUGAUCCAGGUCUUCUCGUCCUGUAUUGAAGUCUCUUGGUAUAACUACGCCAAGGUCGUCAUGAGCGAGUUGGUAGGCCCUCGUUUGGAAAAGCUCCCCAUCGAGACUGCACAGUCUGUGUCUGCCUUCCUCCGUCUCUUCUCAACCUGGGCCAGCUCCUUGGCUACCUGCCACUACUUGGUCGAGUUCUUCCCGCAAACUCUCAAUGCCGUUGCAGACUGUCUUGUGGUUCCCAGCGCAAAGAACGAAGUCAAGUCGUUCAUUAUUGAGCACAUCAUCGGGCGAUUGUUAGACACCAUCCAGCCACGCCGAUCAAAGGAUGCCGACAUGAACAUUGACACCACCGAAGGGCAGGACCAAGCACGUGCAUCUAUUCUAGGACCACGUGCAAGUCUGUUCGUCGUCAGGCUUGGUGCUGUUCUUAGACAGAGCCCUCCCAAGGAUAUCCUCGACUCAAGCGUAUUGUGUGUUUCUCGCCUUGCACCGUUGGUCACUGGUGUUGAGAACAUUCGUGAAGUUGUUGACGUUUCGAUCUUCCUACUUGGUCAACCUUCAAAGACUGUCCACUUUACCACCAAGCGCGAUCUGUUGCAAACCUUGUUCCAUCUCAUUCCUGGUGCUGAACUCAACAAGGAUGAGGUUCGAUUCAUCCAGGUCUACUCAACACUGUGCCCGCUCUUUGGCUACUUCAAGGAUCGUGAGAGCAGAGAGCUUCUUGCUGCCGUUGUCAAGCAGUUGGCUGAUGAAAGGAAGGAGCUUUCAUACGUCGCUUCNCUGUGUGAAGAUCUGAACUCGUUCUCUGCAUCAAGGCUUGACGAGCCUGACUUCGAGCGCCGUGCCAUCGCUUUCAGCACUAUAAACGAGGACAAGUACUCCACUUUCACUGCUAUGCAAUGGCAGCCUCUCGUCUACAGCAUGCUGUACUUCAUCAGAGACAAUGACGAACUUGCCAUUAGAACCAGCGCUUCUUACAGUUUGAGAAGAUUCAUCGAGGUAGCAAGUGUAAAUGGUGACUUCAAGGACGAGGAGUUCAAGGCCUUGACCAUCUCAGGAUUACACAGUGGUCUGCAAGGUGGCAUGCGUGACCCCUCAGAAUUGGUCAGAUCCGAAUAUCUUCAAGUUUUGGCUCACAUGAUCAAACACUUCUCGUCUUGGGAUGCAGUCAACGACAUGGCUAGUCUGCUUGUUGAGGGCGAUGAGGAAGCUUCGUUCUUCAACAACAUACUGCACAUCCAACAGCACCGCAGACUUCGUGCUCUUAGAAGAUUGUCGGAAGAGGCUCAUGCUGGUGUCAUCUCGAGCAACAACGUCAGCUUGUUCUUCAUCCCUCUUCUGGAGCAUUUCAUCUUCGAUCCGGCUGGUGACGACGGUGCUCACAAUUUAUCUGCCGAGACUAUCAAUACGGUUGGAGCUCUCUCUGGAUGUUUGGACUGGCAGCUGUACAGGUCAACUCUGAGAAGAUUCGUCAGCUACAUCCAAAGCAAGCAGGAGCUACAGAAGAUUGUACUCAGAAUCGUUAGUCGUGUUAUUGAUGCUCUGGACCGAGCUUCUGAAUCUAUUCGCAGCAAGGACACUGCUAUGGAAGUCGACGGCGAAGCUGAGCCGGCCAUUAACGGCGACUCAGCACUGAGCCCACUUGCUGCGACUCUACCCUCGGAGGAGAAAUUGUCCAAUGAGAUCAAUAAGCAGCUCUUGCCUCCAUUGACCCAGUUCUUGCAUCUCAAGGACGAGUCAACCGUCAGUUUGCGUGUUCCUGUAGGUGUCGCUGUGGUCAAGCUUAUCCGUGUUCUUCCUGUUGCUGAACACGCCUUGAGACUUCCCACCGUGCUCAUGGACCUUUGCCACGUUCUUCGUAGUAAAGCAGCUGAGGCCAGAGAUAUGACCAGGAAGACAUUAUCUGAGAUCACCGGUAUCCUUGGUCCGUCCUACUUCCAGUUCGUCAUCAAGGAAUUGCGUAGUGCGCUGCAGCGUGGUUACCAGCUUCACGUUAUGUCCUUCACCAUGCACUCGAUUCUGGUCGACAACAUUGCCUCCCUGGAAGCUGGUGAUCUCGACCACUGUAUCAACGAUAUUAUUGCUGUUGUCAUGGACGACAUCUUUGGUGUUGCUGGUCAAGAGAAGGAUGCUGAGGAGUACAUUAGUAAGAUGAAGGAAGUGAAGAGCAGCAAGAGUUAUGACUCUGCUGAACUCAUCGCCAAGAUCACGACGACCUCUCAUCUUGGUGACCUGAUCAGACCUAUUCAGUCUUUGCUGCUGGAGAAGUUGGACCUCAAGACUGUCAAGAAGAUCGACGAACUUCUGCGUCGUAUCGGUCUGGGCACCAGUCAGAACCUGUCGGUCAAGGACAGAGACAUUCUUAUCUUUGGCUACGAAAUCAUCCAGAAGGUCUACGCUGCCACUGCCGAGGCCAAGACUCGCCCUGUCAUGGAGGACUACAAGAUCAGAAAGUAUCUUAUCCAGAUGCAGAGUGCCAACAAGUCUGGCAAGAAGGGAGCAACAAGCUCAUACAUCUUCAAGCUUACGAGAUUUGCUCUGGAUCUUGUUCGUGCUGUCUUGCAGAAGCACGAUGAGCUCAAGACCCCGGCUAACCUUGCUGGCUUCUUGCCAAUCUUGGGUGACGCUUUGAUCGGUGGUCAAGAGGAGGUCCAGAUGGCAUCAGUCCGUCUGCUCACUUCUAUCAUCAGAGUGCCAUCGCCGCAGAUCGUGUCAAACGGACCAGUCUACGCAGCAGAAGCAGUCAAGAUCCUUAGGGCUGCUCCCUCCACCAUCACUGAGUUGGCUCAAUCCUCGCUGAAGCUGAUCUCAGCCAUCCUGCGCGACAGACCGGACAUCAAGAUCAAGGAGAACGACAUGGCCUACGUGCUGAAGAGAAUUAAGCCUGAUCUUGAAGAGCCUGAUCGCCAAGGUGUCAUCUUCAACUUCUUGAAGGCUGUCGUAGCCCGGAAGAUCAUCAUCACCGAAGUCUACGAGGUGAUGGAUUCUGUUGCUGCGAUCAUGGUGACCAACCAGACCCGCAGUGCCAGAGAUCUUUCUCGUGGCGUCUACUUUGCAUUCAUGAUGGAGUAUCCUCAAGCAGGCAGUCGCUUGAACAAGCAGAUUGCAUUCUUGGUCCAGAAUCUCGAGUACAAGUAUGUCGAGGGAAGACAGUCUGUGCUUGAACUACUGCACCUGUUGCUAGCAAAGACUCAAGGAGACCUCGUGCAAGAAUUGUCGAGUAUGUUGUUUGUGCCAUUGGUCAUGAUGAUGGUCAACGACGACUCUCCCGAAUGCCGCGAGAUGGCCGGUGCAUUGAUCAGCAAGACCCUCAAUCGCGCUGAUGACGAACGCACAGAGAACUUUGUGGCAUUGAUGCGUACGUGGUUGGAGCAGGAUGAGCAGUUGCUGCUUCGUCGCAUUGCCUUGCAGUGCUGGACCAUCUAUAUUGGUCACGGCAAGGCAACUGCCAAGGAGAUUUCCUUCCUGUUCAAGCAAGUAUCCAAGCUUUUGGAUCCUGAGGAUGUCGAGACUGAAGACUGGGAGUUGCUGUACUAUGCCCUGCAGGCGUUUGCUAAGAUGGCAGAGAUGGCGCCUUCCACUUCGCUCGCUCCUGCCGCCAAGGCAUCAUGGAUAAACAUUUUCAAGUGUCUUGUGUUCCCGCAUGCGUGGGUUAAGCUUUCUUCUGCUCGCCUUCUUGGUCUGCUGUUUGCGGAUAUGGGCAACUGCGCUUCCAAGACUGAGGAAGGUCUUGCUGCUUUGCCUUUGUACACAAACAGCAAGAUGGAAGUUAUCACAAAGGAAUUGCACGAACUGUGUGCUGCAGGUCUGAGAACCCUUCGUUUUAGCAAUGUCAGCGAGCAGUUGGUUGGCCAAACAGUACGCAACUUGAUCUUCCUGGGCCGCUGCUACAGUGCCGACAAUGUGGAUUGGGAACACCCAACGCCAUUCACCAGAAAUGGCAUUACUGCUUCUUCUCACGCCGAAGAGGAGGAAGAGCAAGAAGACGACGAGGACGAAACAGCAGAUGCAGAAGACGAGGAUGGAGACGAGGAAACCACUAUCUCUACACCCACAACAGCACUGCACCACCUGCUGUCCCGCCUGGCAGCACUCAUCCGCCGCGAUGACGGCGCCCCCACUGCCUCUGUUUUGUCCGCAAAGACCGGCGCCCUUCAAGCCAUCGCCUCCCUCUGCAACAUCCUUCCUUCCACCCACAUCACCCCCUCCCUCCCCUCAAUCCUCACACCCAUCUAUCUCCUCACCGACGCAUCCAUCGCCGCNCCCCGCCUCGCAACCGAGUCCCUUCAAAAGAGCUACCAAGAUCUCAAAGCCCUAGCCACAGAAGUCGCUAGCCUCCUACAAAAGAAGCUAGGCAGUACAGACUACGUGAUCGCCAUGAGGGGCGUCCAAGAAAAAGUCAGAGGCAAAAGAGAAGAAAGACGCAGAAAGAGAAGGAUUGAAGCUGUUAGCGCGCCAGUCAAGUAUGCGGCUGACAAGAGGAGAAAACAUGAUAUUACUAAGGCGAAGAGGAAGGAGAAGAGUGCUGAGGCUAGGGGUAAGAGGAGAGGAUGGUAA